CGGCAGUUGGAACGGGUUAAUUUUGCGUACUUAACGUUCUUCAGAUAUUUGAAUAAAGCUGUUAUUUUGAAGCAUUGUAAAUUCAACAUGAUGGAAACAUUGCAAUCAGUUCUGAACUUCACUGAUAUGUUUUAUGCAGAAAUAUUAGAAGAAACUCACGAUCAUUUGGAAAAUAGUUUUGUCUCCCCUUUCAAUAUCUUUACUGCUCUUGGAAUGGUUCUCGUUGGAAGUGAAGGAAAUACGAAAGCUGAAAUGAUACGGGUGAUGCAGUUAUCCAACCACACGGAAAUCGACAAAAUUCACAACGGAUUCAAUGAACUGAUGACUAAAUGCUCUGAAGCUGGCAAAGGUGUUGACAUAAUUCUUGGUAGUCGACUGUUCACAAGAAAGGACAUGGAUAUCAAGGAGCAUUUCCGAAACAUACUUAAGAAACACUACAAUGCAAUAGUAGAAAAUGUGUUAUUUCAAACAGAUCCAGAGAGUGCUCGGAUACGAAUCAACCAGUGGGUUAGUGAACAGACCAACGGAAAAAUUCAACAACUCAUCCCUCCCAAAUCGUUGAAGAAUGAUACGUCAGCUGUUGUGGUAUCAACCACAUACUUCAGAGGUA